AUGUCCAUUGGGUCUCACGAUCACGUUUCAGCUGACGAAGCUGCUGUACUUUCUUCUCAGACCAUUCUGCUAGCUGAGGUCACGAGUAGUGCGGGCAAUACAUACGAAAUUACCUGCCACGUCAAGCUUUGGUUGGUGUUGAACUCCACGAUUCCGUUCCUGGAACAGUGCCGUGAAGCUGAGCAGGAAUGUGCUGUUAACGUAAUCGUGCUGAAAGAUGCAGACUCUAAAGAUGAAGCGAAGGAUGACGACUCUGAAGCUUUAGCUUUAGAGUUGGCAUCUUCCACUUCCGUUGCUCUUCUGGCGUUAAAGAUGAUGUCAGUUGCCACAUCGUACGCUCCCAAUGCGUAUAGUCAACUGCGAUCAAAUAUUGCGUUUGGUAAAAGCAGGGCCGCCACAGGCGGGUAA